AUGGGCCUCUGCUUGAUGAGCUCGGGAAUCUUGGCUUUUCCCUUUGAUCGGAUACUCUUCAACACCGCGAUGGACGCAGCCGAGUUCCAGCGGAACGUGGGCACCAAGUUGCGGGAGCUGCUGCGCAACCCGGACCGGAGCGAGUUGAAGGUUCUCCACACCAGAGAGCUGACGCAGGGGCAGUGCGAGAUCAUCUUCGCCGAGGCCCGGCGCCUUGGCAUGAGAUGCAUCUCGCCGGGUGAGUGCAAGGAGGAUGGCUCGCGCCAGCCGCUCAUCGUCUACAAGAACCUGGGGUCCCUGGUUCAUUCCAAGCGCGUGCUGCAGGACAUCGAGCUUCGCCACCGGGUGCCAGGCCGCCUGGAGGACAUGGAUCCUGGUAACGAGUGCUGCUUCCACGGCAUGAGCAGCUUCCAACGGCGCUUGGUGCAUGAGGUGGCCGCUGACCUGGCCUUGUCCUCGCGCAGCGAAGGGCAGAAUGUGUGCGUGAGGCAGGCGUUGGAGCAGGCGUCGAAGAGGCCCAGGGCAGAAAGAGACGAGGAUUUCCUGGAGGAGCUACGGGGCGACUUGGACGCCCUGAAGGAAGGCGACGAGAUACAUUUGGGCCGCGGCUUGUCCUCGUACCGCCGGAAGAUGCUGCAUGAGGAGGUGGAGAGGAGGGGUUGGUCCUCCAGGUCCGAAGGCAGCCACAUUGCCGUUCAGCGCCUGGCCCCUGUCGAAUCUGAGCAACCCCAAACUCAGAAGUUGGGAGAGGCAGAGGUCAGGGAAUGGGUGCUUCGGGAGCUGGAGCAUCUGAGGCCGGGGGAGUCUCAUGCCUUUCCUUUGACCCUCAACAGUUUCCAGCGGCGCCUAGUGCACCAGGUCGCCGAGGAGAAGGGCUGGGUGCAUGAAACCGUCGACGUGGAAGGCGAGAAAGGUAAAGGACGAGGCAAACACCAAGGCAAGGACGGCAAAGGCAAGGGCAAGGGUUUCAAGUUUCAAGGGACAAAGCAAAGGAAAGAGCUCCAAGGGAGAGCGGCAGAUCACGGUGACGAACGCUCCGAGCGCCUCCCCAGUGGGGGAAAGUGA